CAGACGCCACUGGAUGAGGAGGUCGUCGGGGGCGGGGCCUACGGAGGCGGGGCCUGCGGGGGCGGAGCUGAGCGGAGGUUCCGCCCCCUCUGGCCCACGGGGGCGGGGCCUGAGCAGGACCUGGCUGGGGGGGGGAAGGGCAGGUUGGGACCCUUCAAAUACCGACCCCCCCCAUCGCCCUCCCCGCGAGGGGUUUGGGGACCCCGGGGGCAUUUGAGGGGUUGUGAGGUCGGGGGGAAGUACUUGGGGUCGGGGGGGGGCAGUUGGGCGUCCCCAAGGGGCUCUUGGGAGGGCAGAGCAGGGAACUGAGGGGGAUCCUGGGAGGUCCGGGAGUCGCUUGGCGGCUGCGCCGCUCCCCCACCUCCUUCGCACCAGUCGCUCCGCUCGCUGCUCCAGGCCGAGUCCCUGGGGGGAAGCCGUGGAGGGUGACGCGGGAACCCCCAAAAUUCCCCCCUGGACCCCCCAAAAUCCCCCCCGGUCCCCGGGGUCCCCUCAGCCCUCACCCGCUCCAUGGCCCGCGCUCCGCCAGGCCCCUCCCCAACGGCCCCUUCUCGGGCGCUGAUUGGUUGCAAGAGAUGACGGGCGGGCGCUGCGGGCAAUGGGAGGCCGGAGAAGGGAAAGGGGGGGAGGCGGGAGAGGUUUGGGGGGUCCCUGAGGGGGUUUGGGGCUCCCAGAGAGGAUUUAGGGGGCUCCCGAGGGGCUUUGAGGCUCCCAGAGAGUAUCUGGGGGGCUCCUGAGGGCAUUUGGGGCUCCCAGAGAGGAUUUGGGGGGGUCCCUAAGCGGCUUUGGGACUCCCAGAGAGGAUUUGGGGGUCUCCUGAGGGCGUUUGGGGCUCCCACAGAGGAUUUGGGGGUCCCUGAGCGGCUUUGGGGCUCCCACUGAGGAUUUGUGCCUCUCAACCUCCCCCAGUCCCCAACAGGGACCCCCCAAAUCUCCUCUAGAAACCCCAAACCCUCCCAAGGACCCCCAAAACCUCCGUGCCCGGUUCCCCUUGGACCCCCAGACCCCUCCAGGGGAACCGUAAAACUCUCCCAGAGACUCCAGGGACCUUGUGGGUUUGGGGUUCCCGGAGAAGAUUUGGGGGGUCCAGGGGGCCUAGGGGUUCCUCGGGGUCUCUGGGGGGUCUCUGGGUGGUUUGGGUUUCCCUGACUGGUUUUGGGGGUCUCUGUGUGGCUUUGGGGUUUCUGGAGGGGUUUGAGGGGUCCAGAGGGUGAGGGCUUCCGGGGGGAAUUUGGGGGGUCCCCGAGUGGUUUUUGGGGUCCCAGUGGGGUUCGGGGAUUCCCCAUUUUUCCGUCUCCAUUUUAAGGAGAAACACUUUUAAUUGCCUGAUUUCCCUCCCGGCUCCAGAUGGUUUUUCUCAGUCCUGCCCAGGGUUUGGGCCAGAAUUUCCCGUUCCCUGGAAAUCCCCGCUGGGACUCGGGUCGUUCAUUUUGGGUAAAAAACAACCAUAUUUGGGUCCGUCCCUCCCCCCGGGGUCACAGGGGCAGAGGACUCUGGGGGGGCAGCGAUUCUGGGAAUUCGGGGGGUCUGUGAGGAUCCCUGGAGGUCUCAAGACAUCCCUGGGGGUCCCACACCUGUCCCAACAUCCCUGAGGGUCCCACACCUGUCGUGACAUCCCUGGGAGUCCUACUCCCCUCUCGACAUCUCCUCAGUGACAGGAUCCAGCUGCCACUUCCCAAAUUCUCUGGAACUCCGGGGUCAAUCCCCCUUGGCUCCCCCCAUUCACGAAAUUCUGCCGAAUCAGCCAAAAUCUGCAGGUUUUGGCCCAAACCCCCAGGUUUUGGCCCAAAUCCGCCUCUGGAAGCGGCUCCAGUUGAGACCCGUUUGGGUAUAAAAGAUGGAUUUGGGGCCAAACGCUGUGUCCAUAGGAUCCCGGGAAUUCGGGAGCUCAGGGGCCGCAAUGGCUUGGCGUGGGACCUGGUGGCUCCUCCUUUCCUUCUGUGCUCUCUCCAGCUGCAGCUCGGGGGGUCGGGAAUUCCUGGCUGUGUUCCCCCAGAAUGAUGAUGAGUCCCCGAGUGCAACACUGAAGCUGCUGCUCACCCGGCAGGGCCCCAGUGACACGGCAACCUCGGUGACACUGCACGGUCCCUUCGGCACCCGCGAGGUCACUGUGCCACCUGGUGUCACCAAGGCCGUGCCCAUUCCCGCCCACCUGGAGCUCACAGGGAGCUGCAUGGCCAACAAGACUGUGGUGGUCCGGGCCAGUGCCGAUGUGGCCGUGGUGGCCAUGAGCGCCAAGGGCUACACAGUGGGUGCCACGGCCCUGCUGCCCAUGCCCAGCCUGGGCACCAGGUACUAUGUGGUGACGCCCAUGGGGAGUGACACCUACGGCAUGGCUGAGCUCGUGGUGGUCGCCGGUGCUGCCAUCACUGCUGUCUCCAUCACCACCACGGCCACAUUCCAGUAUGCCGGGGACACCUACGUGCCGGGUGCGGUGCUGCGCCUCUUCCUGCAGCCCUACCACAGCCUGCAGCUGCAGAGCAGCCAGGACUUCACCGGCACCGCUGUGGUGGCCAACGCGCCUGUGGCCGUGCUCAGCGGCCACACUUGCACCAAGGUGGCCGCGGGCUACGACUUUGUGGUGGAGCAGCUCCUGCCAACAGUGGCGUGGGGGAGGAGCUACGUGGUGCCACCCAACCCGGUGCAGCCAGGCACUGACCUUAUCUAUGUGGUAACGGAGGAUUGCAACACUAUCACCUAUAACAGCAGCAGCGGGGAGGUCACCAUGACCAUGGCAGCAGGGGAGGCGCGGGCAUUGGUGGUGAACCACAACUCCCCCCUGCACCUCACUGCAGUGGCAGCGGUGCAGGUGCUGCUGUUCUUCACUGGCUCGUCUUGGCAAGACCCCUUCCUCCUCAUCGUACCACCUGUCACUGCCCACUGCACCGCGUUCCACCUCAGCACUGUGCCCGGCUACUACAACCACGCCAUCCUCAUUGCGCCCACUGCCGCCACCACCGCCACCACUCUCAACCACCAGCCAGCUGCCGCCAUGAAGUGGCACGGUGUUCCCGGCAUGGAGUUCUCCUGGGCCGGCAUCACAGUGAGUCCCCAGACACGGAGCGCCGAGAACCCACAGGCGCCCAUGGGGCUCCUGGUGUUUGGGUUCGAGAGCAACACCGGGUACGGCUUUGCUGGGCUCUGCAUCACCGCUCCAGAGCCGGUCUCCUGCGAGGAUUUGAUGUGCGAGGAGAAGUGUGAGGUGGUGGAUGGACAACCAAAGUGCGUCCAGGAGACCUUCUCCACCUGCUGGCUCACCAGUGGUUCGCACUACCGGAGUUUUGAUGGGAAGAGCUUCGAUUUCAUGGGAACAUGCACCUACACCUUGACCACCCUCUGCAGUUCUGAUCCCACCUUUCCUGCCUUCUCUGUGGAGGUCCAAAAGGAGAAAAAGGAGAACUCUAAAGUCUCCUCCAUUGGCUCCAUCAACGUCCGCAUUGACAAUAUCACCGUCACUGUGGUCCGGGCAGAAAACGGGAUGGUGAGGGUGAACAACCACAGCUCUCGCCUGCCCAUCUCCCUCUCCUGCGGGAAGCUCCGGAUUCGCCAGAAGGGCAAAUCCGUGUUGAUCCAAUUGGAUUUCAUGCUGAAGGUCCUCUACGACUGGGACGAUCAUGUGGUGGUCAAAAUUCCAACUGCUUUUUCCGGGAGAGUCUGUGGGUUGUGCGGGAACAGCAACGGGAACCCCCGGGAUGAUGCACUGGCUCCCGAUGGGAGCAAGGUGUGGGAUAUCGUGGAGCUGGGGCGGAGCUGGAAGGUGACCAAUGGGAGCGGUCACUGCCAGGACACCUGCGAGGGGGACUGUGGGCGGUGUGGGUGGGAUGAGGAGGUGAUAUACAAGGCAGAGCGGUGGUGUGGGGUGUUGUCCUGGCAUGCCGGGCCAUUCCGGCGCUGUCAUGGCACCAUCAAUCCCAAUGUCUACGUGAAGAACUGUAUCCAUGACCUGUGCGCCCAUGGCGGCCAUCGCGCUGUGCUGUGCCACGCCCUCCAGGCCUAUGCCGACGACUGCCAAGAGAAUGGGAUCGACAUUUCUGAUUGGAGAAUGAGGAUGGGAUGUCCUUUCACCUGCCCUCCCAACAGCACCUACAGCACCUGUGGCCCCACCUGCCCCCCUACCUGCAACAUCCCGGCUGUGCCGUCCAGCUGUGCCGCCAGCACCACCUGCGUGGACUCCUGUGUGUGCCACGAGGGCCUUGUCCUGGAUGCCAACAUCUGCAUCCCCCCUUCCGACUGUGGUUGCGUCUUCGGGGGUCUCUUCCAUGGCCUAGGAGAGGAGUUCUGGGGUGAUCCCACCUGCACACAGCGCUGCGUGUGUGAUGCGGAGCAGCGGCAGGCAGUGUGCCGGAAUUCCAGCUGCGGUGCAGAGGAGGAGUGUCGGGUGCAAGAGGGAAUCCAGGAUUGUUAUCCCAAAGUUUUUGGGGUCUGCAGCGCUGUUGGAGCCACCCACUAUGAAACCUUUGACAGCAGGAGGUUCAUCUUCCAGGGGACGUGUGUCUACCUGUUUGUUGGGUUAUGUGAAGACAACCCAAAUUUGGUGGGGUUCCAGGUGUUGGUGCAGAACGGCCGCCAGGGUGACAGGCGCCUGUUGGCCAUUGCCAUGGUGACAGUCAAAGUCUACAACAAAACCAUUGGCAUCAGCAGGGAACAGCCUGGGAAAAUCAUGAUCGAUGAGCGGUUGGUCAACCUCCCAUAUCUCCAUGGUGACAAGCAGAUUGUUGUCUAUCGCCACGGGCGGGACGCAGUGGUAGAGACCAACUUUGGCCUUGUUGUUACCUAUGACUGGCACAGCCAUGUCACUGUGACAGUGCCCGGUGCCUUCGCCAACGCCCUGUGCGGGCUCUGUGGGAACUUCAACGGCGCUGCCAGUGAUGACAUGAGGAUGAGCAACAGCAACAUGGCGUCAGACCCGGAUGCCUUUGGGAGCAGCUGGAAGGUCGCCGAUAUCCCGGGAUGCACUGAGAGAUCGAUGGCGGAAUGUUCUGGUGCCACCACGGCACCACAGCUGCAACAGGAGGUGUCCGGGAUGGGGUGUGAGAUUAUGUUGGAAAAGGAUGGACCCUUUGGAGCAUGUCAUGGCCACGUGGACGCCCAGCCGUACUUCCAGAGCUGCAUCCGGGACUCCUGCCUCGUCCCGGAGCAGGAAGAUGGGAUGUGUCCGAUCAUUGCCAGCUACGCCAGCGCGUGCCAGGCUGCCGGCGUGUCCAUUGGGAGGUGGAGGAUGGAUAAUUUCUGCUAUAUUCCCUGCCCUCCUAACAGCUCCUACAAGCUCUGCUCUAACACCUGCCAGCACAGCUGCGGUGCCAGCUCUGCCACGUGCCCAGGGCGGUGCCGCGAGGGCUGCGCGUGCCAUGAUGGCUUCAUGCUCAGCGGGGACGAGUGUGUGCCCACAGCUCACUGCGGCUGCACCCACCACGGCGUGUACUACAAGGAGGAUGAGACCUUCUACCCCACAGAGCAUGAGGAGUGCCGGUGCCUCUCCAGCAGUGCUGUGGAAUGCCAAAAUAUUUCCUGUCCUGAUGGCAGCCCUAGGAAGGUCGUUGAUGGCAUCUUCCAGUGUCCCCCGCCAGCAUCCGGCACCUGCGUGGCCAUGGGAGACAGUGCCUAUAUCACCUUCGACGGGGUGGCCUUCAAUGUCACCGGGUCCUGCUCCUACAUCCUCAGCCAGACCUGCAGGGGUGACGUGACAUCGUUUGUGGUCACAAUCCAGAAAGAGGCCCGUAGGAAGGGGAAGGUUUCCGGGAUCCAAGCAUUGUCUGUGGAAGUCUAUGGGGUCAACUUGACCUUAACCCAAGGAAAAGGGGGAGAUGUCAUGGUGAAUUCAGUCUCUCACCACCUCCCAGCCAUCCUGGGCGAGGGGCAAAUCCAGGUGUAUCCCCAUGGGACAGGGGUCCUGCUCCGCACUGACUUCGGCCUCGUCGUCCACUACGACCUCGCCCAGCACGUGACACUCACAGUCCCCCAGACCUACCUGGGCCACCUGUGUGGCCUCUGUGGCAACUACAACGGGCAACAUGACGAUGAUUUCCACCUCUCCAACGGCCAGUUGGCUCUGGAUGCAACAGCCUUUGGAUCCGCAUGGAAAACCAAGGAUAGGCCUUGUGAAGACGCCUGUCCUGACAAGGAGUGUUCCACCUGCUCCAAGGAGAAGAUGCUGGUCCUCCAGAAACCCAACUACUGCGGCCUCCUCACAGCCCCCGAGGGGCCCUUUGGCUCCUGCCACAGUGUCGUUGACCCCACCCCAUAUUCCCAAUCCUGCGUCCAUAACCUCUGUGUGACUGGAGGGGAUACAGGUGCCCUGUGCCAGAGCAUCCAGAGCUACGUCAGCAUGUGCCAGGAUGCUGGAGUCGCUGUGGGGGAUUGGAGGACGCCGUCCUUCUGCCCCCUCCCCUGCCCGGCCAACAGCACCUACUCCCUGUGCACCAACACCUGCGCCAACACCUGCGCCGGGAGGGCCACCACGUGUCCCCAGACCUGUGCUGAGGGCUGCCAGUGCCACCAGGGCUCCGUGUCAGAUGGGCAGGGCUGCAUUCCCGAGGAGCAGUGCGGGUGCUUUGAGGAUGGGCGAUACUACAAGCCCCAUGAGGUGGUUUUCCAGGAUCGCUGCCAGCGCCGGUGCUCCUGUAUCCCAGGCCAGGGCCUCACCUGCCACGACCACUCCUGCACUGAGGAUGAAUCCUGUGAAAUUCGGGAGGGGGUCUUGGGAUGUAUCAACAAAAACCCCUGCAAGUCCCUGAGGUGCCGCCCCAAGGAGCGGUGCCGGCCCCGUGGCUCCGAAUCCCGCUGUGUCCCAGCGCUGGUGGCCACGUGCUGGGCAUGGGGGGAUCCCCACUUCCGUACCUUCGACGGGCUAGAAUUCGACUUCCAAGGAACCUGCACCUACACCAUGGCCGAAUCCCAUGGGAAUGACCCCAGGCUGGAGCCCUUUAGGGUGGAGGCCAGGAACGACAUCCGGGGCGGGAUCAGAUCCGUGUCCUAUGUCUCCGUUGUCAACAUCGACGUCUAUGGACAACGCGUGUCCUUCCACCACAACGAGGACGGGAAAGUCCGGGUGAACGGGGAGCUGGCCCUGCUCCCAGUGUUCCUGGUGGAUGGGAGGCUCCGUGUCCAUCCCAGCGGGCUCCGCGUCACCCUGGACACGGAUUUUGGGCUCCGUGUCUCCUACGACUGGAACUGGCAUCUCUUCAUUGACCUCCCCAGCAGCUUCUUCAGCCACGUCCGUGGCCUCUGUGGGAACUUCAACCUGCAGCCCCUGGACGACAUCCCCGAGGCCGGCGACAACAUCCCUGCCCUGGUGGCCUGGGCCAGGGGCUGGAGAAGCUCCGACCCCGAUGCCCAGGAUCCCCUUUGUUGGGAUCACUGUGAUGGGGAGUGCCCAGUGUGCGAGGAGAAGGAGCUUUGGGGUGGGAACAGCUACUGUGGGAUCAUCAAGAAGUCCUUCCAGGGGCCCUUCCGGGCAUGUCAUGCUGUGGUGAAGCCCCAGGAGUUCUUUGGCAGCUGCCUGGCCGAGCUGUGCCGGAGCCGCGGCGCGAGGCAGGUCCUGUGCCGGGUGCUGGAGACUUACGCGGCCACGUGCCGGAGGAGCGGGGCAACCGUGGGCGACUGGAGGACACCAGCAGGAUGCCCCCUCCCUUGCCCCGAGAACAGCCACUAUGAGCCAUGUGGCACCGCCUGCCCAGCCACCUGCUCCGACCCGGAUGCUCCCUCCUCGUGUGCCCUGCCGUGCGUGGAGUCCUGUGUGUGUGACCGCGGCCACAUGCUGAGCGCCGGGCACUGUGUGCCUGUGUCCCGCUGCGGCUGCACCCGUGCCGGGCGCUACCACCGCCCCGGUGAGGAGUUCUGGGGGGACCCCUCGUGCCGCUCCUGGUGCCGCUGUGACCCAGACCUGGGCAUGGUUGUGUGUGAGGAGGCCAGGUGUAAGUCAGGUGAGGUGUGUGCCGUGGUGGAGGGUGUCAGGAGGUGCGUGGCUACCAACCGCUCCAUCUGUGUGGCCACGGGGGACCCCCACUACACCACCUUCGACGGGCACCGCUACGACUUCAUGGGCACCUGUGUGUACCUGCUGGCCGGGCUGUGCUCCCCUGACCCCACCCUCGUGCCCUUCAAUGUCACCGUGGAGAACAACCACCGUGGGAACAACCGUGUGUCCUUCACCAAGGUGGUCACCUUAGAGGUGUUCAAUGUGAGCCUCAGCCUCAGCCAGGAGCACCCCAAGAAGGUCAAGGUCGACGGCGUCCUGCUGGACCUGCCCUUCUCUCACCCCUCCCACGAGCUCCGGGUGUCCCUGCGGGGUGUCCACGGCUUCAUCAGCACGGCCUUUGGCGUCACCGUCACCUUCGACUGGCACAGCUAUGCCCGCGUGAUCCUGCCCAGCACCUUCGCCGGUGCCGUCUGUGGCCUCUGUGGCAAUGCCAACGGAGACCCCCACGACGACUUUGUCACCCGCCAGGGCCACCCUGCCCACAAUGACACCCACUUUGGGGACAGCUGGAAGGUCUCUGAGGUCCCUGGGUGCUCCCCAGGGUGCACCGAGGGCUGCCAGGGGUGCAGCAACACCCAACGCCGUACCUACCGCGGGGACAAGCACUGUGGCAUCCUGGUGAAGAAACGGGGGCCCUUGGCCACGUGCCACGAGGUCAUUGACCCUGCCCCAUUCCUGGAGGACUGUCUGUUUGACACGUGUCUCUUCGAGGGCCACCACGACGCCGUGUGCCAGGCCGUGGGCGCCUACGUCAGCGCGUGCCAGAGCCGCGGCGUGGCCGUGGGGCCCUGGCGCACACACGCAUUCUGCAGCCCUGUGUGCCCCCCGAACGAGCACUACGAGCUGUGUGGCCCCCCGACCGACCCCGACGAGUCCGGCCCGCCGUCCUGCCCCGAGCCCUCCCCGUGCUCCGAGGGCUGUUUCUGCGAUCCCGGUUAUUUCCGAAGCGGGGAUUCCUGUGUCCCGCUAUCCCAGUGCGGCUGCACUCUGGAGGGUCGUUAUUACCCCCGGGGGGCGCAGUUCUACCCCUCCCCGUCCUGCACCCAGCGCUGCGUGUGCUCUAGGGGGGGGCACGUGGAGUGUGAGCCCACCCCUGGGUGCCCCCCGGGCCAGGAGUGCGGGGUGCGAGACGGGGUCCUGGGGUGCCACCCCCGCAGCGCCUGCGGGCACUGCCAGCUCCUGGGGAGGGGCACCUACAGCACCUUCGGGGGGCAACUGGGGGGCUUCGGGGGCUCCUGCACCCUCCCGCUGCUGGAGAUGGACGCGGGGGACCCUGAGGAGGGGCCGCAGCCCCUCAGGGUGGCCCUGGAGCAGCACGAGGGGGAGGUGAGGAGGGUGACGGUGACGGCGCAGGGGAUGACGGUGGCCAUGGACAGGGGACAGCGCUGGGAGGUCAUGGUGGACGGCGAGCGCCACAUGCUCCCCCUGUGGCUCGGGGGGGGCUCCCUGGGGGUCACCCAGGUGGGGUCCCACCGGCUGCUCCACGUGCGGGGGGGGCCCAAAAUCCUGUACGACGGCGAUUCCUACGCAGUGCUGACGCUGCCUCCCGCGCAACAACCCCCGCGCGGGCUCUGCGUGGACCCCAAAAUUUUGGGGACGCCUCCCCCGAACUGCACACAUGCGGACCCUGCGGGGACUCCCCCGUGCCCCCCGGGGCGCUGCGCGGUGCUGGCGGAUCCCGCAGGGCCCUUCGGGGGGUGUCACCGCGCGGUGCCUCCCCGGGCGCACCUGGACACGUGCGAGCUCCAGGUGUGCGCGGGAGGGGCCGGGGGGGGCGAUCCCUGCCCCGCAUUCCAGGGAUACGCGGCCGCGUGUCAGGCGGCGGGGGGGGAACUCCGAGAGUGGCGCGAGGAGACAGGAUGUCCCCUGCUGUGCCCCCCCCGCUCCCAGUACCAGCUCUGUGCCCGCACCUGUGCCCGCACCUGCGCAGGUGUGUCGGCCCCGCCCCCCUGCAGCGGGCGGUGCUUCGAGGGCUGUCAGUGCUCUGAGGGGCUCCUUUUCGACGGCGCCCGCUGCGUCCCCCCGGGGAACUGCGGCUGCUUCCACCAAGGGCGGUACUUCCAGAUCGCCCAGACCAUCCUGACCCGGGACUGCUCCCAGUCCUGCACAUGCCGGGGCCCAGGGGGGCUCCAGUGCCGCCCCUUCUCCUGCCCCCUGGGCCACACCUGUGACCUCUUGAAUGGCACCCGGACCUGUGUCCCCCGCCCAGGGCGGUGCCUCCUGUCCUCCCCCACCCACUUUGUCACCUUCGAUGGCCUCCCCGGGGCCACCCUGGCCACCGGCAUCUACGUGGUGGCCACUGUGUGUGACCACCGGGCCCCCACCUGGUUCCGGCUGCUGGGGGUCAUUGGGGACAUCGGGGACCACCCAGGGGUGGUGGCCCUUCACCUCUUCACCCACCACGGGCUCAUCACCGCCCGCACGGACAGCAGGGUCUGGCUCAACGGAGUCCCCACCCCCCUCCCCACGGAGCUCUCGGGGAAGUUGAACAUCACAGAGUCAGGCGGGACCCUCCGGAUCGGGUGGAUCCCAGGAUUCCAGGUGGAACUGGGAGCCCAGGGGGUGGCCCUGGAGGUGACAAAGGACACUCGGGGGACUCUCUGUGGCCUCUGCGGGAACUACGAUGGGGCCACGACCAAUGACCUGCGGGGCCCCGACGGGACAGUGACAGGGGACACGAGGGAGCUGGCACAGGCCUGGAGGGCUCCUGACUUCAGCCAGUGAUGCAGAAAAUCGACUUUUCGCCGCUUCCGUGACCCGAAACCGCCCCGGAGACGGAACAGCCGCGUUUCUAUAUCCCUCAAACCCGCCCUGCCCUUCCCCCCCAAAAAAUAAAAGUUGGGGAGAAAA